AUGAUCAACGGUUUGGAGCUUCUGUACGCGCUUGGAGCAAUCGACGAAACAUCCCAACUAACAUCCCCAUUGGGUCUACAAAUGGCAGAAUUUCCUUUACCACCAAUGCACAGUAAAUGUCUACUGAAAUCCGCCGAAUUCGGGUGCUUCACAGAAAUGGUGACAAUUGUUGCAAUGAUGCAAAUCCAGGAUGUCUUUAUUACCCCAUAUCGUCAACGUCAUCAAGCUGACGUCAUUCGAAAGAAAUUCGCGGUCGAAGAAGGAAAUCACAUAACAAUGCUCAAUGUUUUCACGAAAUUCGUCGAAAAUGGCCGCAGCAAGAAGUGGUGCUCCGAUCAUUUUGUGAAUUAUCGGGGGCUUAUGAGGGCGGAUAAUGUGCGGAGUCAACUUGUUAGGCUGUUGAAGAGAUUUGAGAUUGAAAAAGUUUCAAGUCGCGGGCAUUAG